AUGUGUCCACGUGAUUGGCUAUACCGAGAUGGGUCUUGCUACCGAGCCUACAACCCAGAGAAAUCAUGGAAUAAAGCACUAGAGUACUGCCAAGAAAAAGAAGGCGAACUAGUUAGCAUUAAUUCGGACAGAGAGCAGCAGUUUGUUUACCAAAACAUGGCUGUUAACAAAACAUUGUGGAUCGGUCUGGUUAAAGAUCGACGUUUGGGGAUUUUUCGUUGGUCUAACGGCCAGAGAUUGACUUUUACAAACUGGAUAGAGAAGCCGAACAUAUCUGGCCAUGAAGACUGCGGUGAGAUGACAGACUAUAGUGUCUUUCACGGUCAGUGGAACGACAACACAUGUUCUACAAAACUGCCAUUUAUCUGUGAGAAAGGUGAAGUUAUGUUAAUUUCCUUAGCCCGGUUAGCCCAUUUAUAGGGGCAAAAGGACGAGAAACGACUGGAAAACUCAUUAAGGGGUGAUUAUCAUUUACACAAUGAACCAUUCGCUUGAAACGUCCGUGUAUAAAUCUUUCACGUUGUGGGAGAAGGACCCGCUACAAAGUCUGUAAAGACCUAGAGGGGCUAUGUCACAUGAAUUGAAUUCUAGUUUUGUUAUUAAGACUAUGUAAAUGUAACUGUCUCCUGUCACCUGUUGCGACGGAUAUAGUUAGGCCAACCUUUCAAGUUUUAGUAUUAUGCCUUCAAAAAUCACAAAAAUAUUCAGAUUAUGGUUCGUGCUCAUAAAUGAAAUUUGUUUUGUGUAUGAGUUAAGACACUAAGUAAUGCCUUCAGCACAGCAUUGACUUAAAACAACAAUAUCCUCGUGACUUAGCCCCUUUAAGAAAACACAUCUCCUGAAAAGCCGGGGAAAUAUUUUCUAACCUAAACGGAAUGGCGUGAAUCAUUUAAUUCUUCGAUCGGAAUUCCCAGUUUCCGCACUUAAAGUAUUGUGAUAAUUUUUUAAAAAAAAUUACAGAUCGUUUUUCAGUAAUAUACGAACCCUUCCUCCAAAACAGGUGCGUUGUUUGGCCGAUAUUUCAAACAGUUAACUGGGAAACAGCUGGACAAUCACGUUAUAAGCCACGUGACCACCACAUCAAGUGACUUGGAAUGCCUGCUUUGGUGCCAACGUCAUAUGAACUGCCAGUCAGUCAAUUACAGACAGAACUUGAAACAAGACCGUAUGUGCGAAUUAAGUAAUGCUAGUCAAGUGGGAUUUCCCGACGACCUCAUAGAUAACAAAGAUUUCAGUUAUUUCGAGUCUAUAGAGUUAACAUGA